CCUACAGUAUGUUCUUGUUCCAAGUUGCUGCACGUUGAUUUCCAGGAAGUACCCAAACCUGCCAGAGUACUUGAAGGACAGAGUGGUCUACAAUAUAUCAGAGAACAGGAAAGAAAACCUCUAUCUCCCCGUCGCUCUGCCUGGGGACUCCAUGGACAAGUACACUCUGGCUAAGCUAUAUACAGACAGUUCAUUACACACGGACUAAACUAUAGCCAGACACCUCAGUUCAGUUAUCGACUCAACGGAAAGAGGGAAAGUAUUAAAGUAAGACGUAUGGACAUAACAUCUCUCAUCCACAAGAGGGCAUAUUUCCACAACCAAGGAGAGCUAUUAUAAAGAAAUCAAGGCUCAUGUAGGCUACAGCUGCCAUCUUGGAUCAUGUUGCAUCAGCUAUGGAAGGAACACAGCUCUCCAACCUUCAGUGUGAACUGAACCCCUAAAGGAACAUCACUGAAGUUUUGAAAUGUCUGACUGUCUGAUUCAUAAAGAUCAGAAAACGACAUUUUCACACCGCACCUUCAACUGUGUUUAUGAGGGGUAGGGUAAAGCCAACCCUUAAGGUGCGCCUCCUGUAGAAAACUGGGACAAAAGAAACUGGACUGACAUUGAGCAUUUGUGGGCCACAAAGAGUCAAAAGAAAAACAGACAUUUCAACCUGAAGACCGGAGCCCUAGGACCAUGCCUCAGGACUACCUGGCCUGAUAACUCCUAGCUGUCCCCAGUCCACCUGGUCGUGCAGCUGCUCCAGUUUCAACUGUUCUGCCUGUGGCUAUGGAACCCUGACCUGUUCACCGGACGUGCUACCUGUCCCAGACCUGCUGUUUUUAACUGUCUAGAGACAGCAGGAGAGUAGACAACCAGUGAAGAGACAGAUGACUGAGGUGUGACCUUUCCUGAGAGCAAAAUGGAGUCGUCUGAUUACAAUGCUGAGUUGGUGGAUGAACACAGGUCCCAGCUCAUUCAGAGGGUCACCAUGGUGAUGCCUAUAGCUGAUGAGCUGCUCGCUGAAGGCAUGAUUCAUAAAGAGAUGUACUCCAACAUCAGUGCUGCCAGGACUAAUCAGGACAAAAUGAGGGAGCUCUUUAAAGCCCUCCACUCUGGAGGAAACAAAGUGAAAUCUGCCUUUCUCUCCACACUGAGGGAGAAUGAACCUAAUCUGGUCCAGGAUUUGGAAUUCCACAUCAAACAAGGAGAUCAACAAGCGAACAAAAGCACAGCAACCCUAAAGUACAAGGAAUUCAUCAGAGGUGAAUAUGCCACAGUGCAGGAGUACAACUCUCUCCCUGGAGAACAUGUGAAGCUAGAUGAUCGCUACACUGAGCCCCUGAUCAUCCAGAAACACCGUCAGCAGAGAGAGAGAGAGGAGGAGAUCCGCUCCAGAGGACAGAACUUUCAUCAAGUCAUGGACCAGAGGGACAGCGAGGCCUACAAGAGUACCAAAGUGGAGCGGCUGUUUGAUCCAGACGAGCACGGAGACAUUCAGAGAACAGUGAUACUGCAGGGCCACUCUGGAACUGGCAAGUCAUUUACCAGUCAGAAGAUCAUGUCUGACUGGGCCUUUGGAAGACUUUACGAAGACCGAUUUGACUUUGUUUUUCACCUGAGGUGCAAAGAACUGAACCAGGCCACUGGGAGAAAAAGUCUGAUGGAUCUGCUUAACUACGAUCAGAGUUCAUCAUCAAUGAUCAAGCAGGUCCUUCACCAGUCUCCUGAGAGGGUUCUAUUCCUGGUAGACGGCUUUGAUGAGCUCAAAUUCUCACUUGAUGUACCUAAAGACUCCCUUCCCAGGGACCCGUGGACACAAUGCUCCCCCGAAGUGACACUGAGUGGCCUGAUAUGGAAACAUAUCUUACCCGAGUCCUUUCUGCUUGUCACCACCAGAUCCACAGCGUUGGACAAACUAAAAGAAGUGGUCAAACAUCCAGUGAGAUACGCUGAGAUAUUGGGCUUUUCGGAAGAAGGCGUGAAGGUCUACUUUGAGAAGUUCUUCAAACAGAAGAAACACUCACAUCAAGCCUAUGACUUUGUUAGGGAAAAUGAAACCCUUUUCACCGCAUGUUUCAUUCCAGUCAUCUGCUGGAUCAUUUGCACGGUUUAUAGGGAGCAGUUUGAUGAAGGCACAGAGAUGAUACAAUCACUGGAGACCACCACCUCCAUCUUUGUUGAAUUUGUUGACACUCUGUUGAAGCACCACUGUCAGGAUUUAGGUCAGUCAGCUCUUACUAUCCUCCAAGGACUAGGCAAGCUGGCAGAACAGGGAAUGGAAGAGCAGCAGGUGUCAUUUGACCAUGAUAGUGUGUCACAGACAGUGUCAGAUCCUUCCAAAGUCCCCUUCUUGUGUAAGUUUCUCCAAAAGAAAAGAGUAAGUCAGACCACUAUGUACAGCUUCAUGCACCUCAGCUUCCAGGAGUUUUUCACAGCCCUCUCAUACAUGUCACUGGGUGAUGAGGAAGCUCAGGGGAAAGUUAGAGAGCUACUUUCUAAGGUUCGACAUGGACUGCAACACUUUCACCUCCUGCCCAUUGUUCAAUUUCUCUUUGGCAUCUUAAACAAGGAAGUUGCAAAACGACUGGAGGAAAAACACAUCUCUUGUUCUCAAGGAAUUUGGACCCAGCUCAAACAUUUUAUUCUGGAAGUCAUUGAAAAAGGAAAGGAGGAUCAAAUCGUUAGACAUACAAUGCAGCUUUUCACAUUUCAUUGUCUAUAUGAGCUCCAUGCAGAUGAUUUUGUUAAAGAAUCCAUGGAAACAUACACAGACAUUAAUAUGUCAGGAAGUCCCCUGAAGAAAACAGACUGUUGGGUGUUGAUGUAUUGUCUUCAGCACUGCAAGUCUAUCGAAUGUCUUGAACUGAGUGGGUGCAACUUAACUGCAGAGAACAUGAAAAUCCUUCUGCCAGCGUUGCAGAAAUGUAAAGCUCUUGUGUUGCAGGUGGACGACCUAGCCGAUGAUGAUUUAGAUGGUCUGUUGACAGCGCUGGGAGAAGGAAAGAGUUUGGAGCUGGAUCUGCGUAACACCAACUUCUCUGAUGAGAAAGUACAGGACUUGCUUGUUGCUCUGACUAAACACAAACCCCGAAACAUUGACAUUGGAGUGAAGUCCAUCACCAGCAAUACAGCUGACAAAUUCAUGUCCCUCAUCAAUAAGGCACAUGCAGACUUGGAUCUGAUAAAGCUUCAUAGUUGUGGGAAUGUUGCAUUGAGUGUCCAGCUACAGAAAGAUGGAGUGAGAGCUCCCAAAAUUGUUCUUUGGUUAAAAGUGGCAGAGAUGAAAAUGAUCUGUGACUCUAUCAGAACAUCUGGCUACAGUUUGACUGGAGUGAAGUUGAGAGUGAGGCGUGUGGCUGACGAGGGCCCAUUCCUCUACCCUACAAACGAUUGUAGGUUAACGUUACACAUAGACGCGCCUCUCAGAUGCGGCGUAGAGCGUGAAGGUCAACAGUCAGCACUCAGCAGCAUUGAGAUGUCCCUAUACGGCGAUGAUGUAUUUGACUGGAGACGCAUCUGUCAGCUACUUCAAACUCUGAGGCAUAAGCCAGAGUGGGAUGAGCAUGCUGAUGAACUGAUCUCGCUGCUACACUCUCAAACCUCUCUGGGUGAAAUAGUUCUGUUGGUGAGCAGCUUGACAGAGAGGUGUGCUGCCAGUGUAAUCUGUCUGAGCGAGGCCUGUUCCAACCUGAAGGACAUAAUCCUUCAAGUAAACGGUUUCUUAUUGGAGGAAGGAAUGCAAUGCUUAUGUGAAUCAAAGAGGCGCCCAGAUUGCCAGUUACUUCUCUUGGGGAGGAGAUGCAGGAAGCUUGCUGACCAGUGCUCUGAGGAGAAGGACAAGAGGCUCAGUUGUAAUGACAACGUUUUACUCGCUCUACAUGGAGAAUCAUUCAUAGAGAUUGUGUUAAGGCAUGGGAAGGAAAGCGGUAUUGAUGACACGUGGAAUGGGAACGAAAUCAAUAUUGAUGACAUGUGGAAUGGGAACGAAAGCAAUAUUGAUGACAUGUGGAAUGGGAACAAACUCAAUAUUUAUAACACGUGGAAUGGGAACGAAAACGAUAGUGAUGACACGUGGAAUGGGAACGAAAACGAUAGUGAUGACACGUGGAAUGGGAACGAAAAGGAUAGUGAUGACACGUGGAAUGGGAAAGAAAGCAAUAGGCCUGGAGAUUAUAUAAAGUGGAAAGGGUGUUGUGUUCACCCGGUGUCACAUAAAGGCCAAGAGAAGAUCAUCAAGGACCUCAGCCACCGAACCUGUGAACCCUCCUACCAUCUAGAAGGCGAAGACCAUGCUGAGUUGGUGGAUGAACACAGGUCCCAGCUCAUUCAGAGGGUCACCAUGGUGAUGCCUAUAGCUGAUGAGCUGCUCGCUGAAGGCAUGAUUCAUAAAGAGAUGUACUCCAACAUCAGUGCUGCCAGGACUAAUCAGGACAAAAUGAGGGAGCUCUUUAAAGCCCUCCACUCGGGAGGAAACAAAGUGAAAUCUACCUUUCUCUCCAUACUGAGGGAGAAUGAACCUCAUCUGGUCCAGGAUUUGGAAUUCCACAUCAAACAAGGAGAUCAACAAGCGGACAAAAGCACAGCAACCCUAAAGUACAAGGAAUUCAUCAGAGGUGAAUAUGCCACAGUGCAGGAGUACAACUCUCUCCCUGGAGAACAUGUGAAGCUAGAUGAUCGCUACACUGAGCCCCUGAUCAUCCAGAAACACCGUCAGCAGAGAGAGAGAGAGGAGGAGAUCCGCUCCAGAGGACAGAACUUUCAUCAAGUCAUGGACCAGAGGGACAGCGAGGCCUACAAGAGUACCAAAGUGGAGCGGCUGUUUGAUCCAGACGAGCACGGAGACAUUCAGAGAACAGUGAUACUGCAGGGCCACUCUGGAACUGGCAAGUCAUUUACCAGUCAGAAGAUCAUGUCUGACUGGGCCUUUGGAAGACUUUACGAAGACCGAUUUGACUUUGUUUUUCACCUGAGGUGCAAAGAACUGAACCAGGCCACUGAGAAAAGUCUGAUGGAUCUGCUUAACUACGAUCAGAGUUCAUCAUCAAUGAUCAAGCAGGUCCUUCACCAGUCUCCUGAGAGGGUUCUCUUCCUGGUAGACGGCUUUGAUGAGCUCAAAUUCUCACUUGAUGUACCUAAAGACUCCCUUCCCAGGGACCCGUGGACACAAUGCUCCCCGAUGACACUGAGUGGCCUGAUAUGGAAACAUAUCUUACCCGAGUCCUUUCUGCUUGUCACCACCAGAUCCACAGCGUUGGACAAACUAAAAGAAGUGGUCAAACAUCCAGUGAGAUACGCUGAGAUAUUGGGCUUUUCGGAAGAAGGCGUGAAGGUCUACUUUGAGAAGUUCUUCAAACAGAAGAAACACUCACAUCAAGCCUAUGACUUUGUGAGGGAAAAUGAAACCCUUUUCACCGCAUGUUUCAUUCCAGUCAUCUGCUGGAUCAUUUGCACAGUUUAUAGGGAGCAGUUUGAUGAAGGCACAGAGAUGAUACAAUCACUGGAGACCACCACCUCCAUCUUUGUUGAAUUUGUUGACACUCUGUUGAAGCACCACUGUCAGGAUUUGGGUCAGUCAGCUCUUACUAUCCUCCAAGGACUAGGCAAGCUGGCAGAACAGGGAAUGGAAGAGCAGCAGGUGUCAUUUGACCAUGAUAGUGUGUCACAGACAGUGUCAGAUCCUUCCAAAGUCCCCUUCUUGUGUAAGUUUCUCCAAAAGAAAAGAGUAAGUCAGACCACUAUGUACAGCUUCAUGCACCUCAGCUUCCAGGAGUUUUUCACAGCCCUCUCAUACAUGUCACUGGGUGAUGAGGAAGCUCAGGAGAAAGUUAGAGAGCUACUUUCCAAGGUUCGACGUGGAAAAGAAAACAGUCACCUGCUACCCAUAGUUCAAUUUCUCUUCGGCAUCGCAAACAAGGAAGUUGCAAAACGACUGGAGGAAAAACACAUCUCUUGUUCUCAAGGAAUUUGGACCCAGCUCAAAAAUUUUAUUCUGGAAGUCAUUGAAAAAGGAAAGGAGGAUCGAAUCGUUAGACGUACAAUGCAGCUUUUCACAUUUCAUUGUCUAUAUGAGCUCCAUGCAGAUGAUUUUGUUAAAGAAGCCAUGGAAACAUACACAGAUAUUCAUCUGACCGGGACUCCCAUGACAAACACAGACUGUUGGGUGUUGAGGUAUUGUCUUCAGCACUGCAAGUCCAUUGAAAGUCUUGGUCUGAGUGGGUGCAACUUAACUGCAGAGAACAUGAAAAUGCUUUCACCAGGGUUGAGAAAAUGUAAAGAUCUUGUGUUGCAGGUGGACGACCUAGCCGAUGAUGAUUUAGAUGGUCUGUUGACAGCGCUGGGAGAAGGAAAGAGUUUGGAGCUGGAUCUGCAUAAGACCAACUUCUCUGAUGAGAAAGUACAGGACUUGCUUGUUUGUCUCACUAAACACAAAACCAGAAAAGUUCAAAUUGGAGUGAAGUCCAUCACCAGCAAUACAGCUGACAAAUUCAUGUCCCUCAUCAAUAAGGCACAUGGAGUCUUGGAAAGCAUAGAGCUUCAUAGUUGUGGGAAUGUUGCAUUGAGUGGCCAGCUACAGAAAGAUGGAGUGAGAACUCCCCAAACUCAUCUUAGGUUGAAAGUGUCAGAACUACGAAUGAUCUGUGUCUUCAUCCGAGCAUCUGGCUACAGUUUGAGUGAUGUAGAGUUGACUGUGUGCCGUGUGGCAGACCUAUCAGACACUGACGUGGAUGACCUGCUUGCAAUCAUCCACCCUGUAGAUAAAUUAAGGUUUACUAUUGAACACAACGAUUUAAAUGAUUGCGAUAGUUGGAGUGAUGUUCUACAGUUCCAGUCAGCAGUCGGAAGCAUUGAAUUAACCCUAUCUGGCAAUCCUGUAUUUGACUUGAGAAGCUUCUUUCAGCUAUUUCCCACUCAACAUCCAGAGUGGGAUGAGCAUGUUGAUGAACUGAUCUCGCUGCUUCACCAUGACACCUCUCUGGAGGAAAUAACUCUGAUGGUGAGCAGCAUGACAGAGAGGUGUGCUACCAGUGUAGUCCGUCUCAGCCAGGCCUGUCCAAACCUAAGGACGAUAUCCGUUAAUGUAAUCGGUUUCUUAUUGGAGGAAGGAAUACAAUGCUUACGUGAAUCAAAGACGCGCCCAGACUGCACGUUAGUCGUCACAGGGCAGAGAUGCAGGAAGGCUACUGUCCAGUGUACUGACAGGAAGGACUGGAUGCUCAGUUGUAAUGCAUUUUUUCAGUGCACUUUAGAAGGAGAAACAUUCUCAGAGACAGAUUGUGACGAUUGUCCAUGUUGUAAUAUUCUAUAGUGACCAUGACAAAAGCCCUGUUUAUACCUGGAGCUAACAUCCUGUGUCCUGAUCUUGUCCACAUUCUGAUUGUGUCCACAUUUUCAGAAACAUGUCUACACAUAGAUAGUAUGUGUGCCUAACUACUCUGAUCACAAUCAGGUCACAAAUAGUCUCCACCUGUCUAACAAUGUGGGCACAAUCAGAAUGUAGACAAUGUCAGGACAAAGGAAACAUUUUAGAACCAGGUAUAAACUGGGCUUCAGACGGUGGAUGGAUGACUCUGUAUGGACAAAAGGUGCAUUUCUCUGCCCAGGCGUUGCUGAUGCAUGCCAGAUCUUAAAACGCCUGCAUAGGUAUUUUACAUAUCAGCUAACCACAUAUGUUAGGGGAGACUGGUGUUGGUUGUCACAGUACUAAGGAAUUACUCCCAAUUUAAAUGGCGUCGGUACGGCAACUCCACAAGGCGCAUCAAAGGGCGAUAUGCUGAACGAACUUCUGGAUGCACACGGUCUGCCCUCCAAGACACCUACAACACCAGGUGUCGCAGGAAGUUCAUGAAGAUCAUCAGCCACCCGAGCCCCAUUCCCUGUU